AUGUUUCUGUCAUUAUCUACUCUCACUGUGUUGGUUCCAAUUUUCUCUUUAGUUGGACUGUUUUACUCCGCAACAGUAGAUGAGAAUUUCCCACAAGGCUGUACAAGUUCAAGCAGUCUGUGCUUCUAUAGCCUCCUGCUUCCAUUAACCAUACCAGUGUAUGUGUUCUUCCAUCUCUGGAAGUGGAUGGGAAUCAAACUUUUCAGACACAACUAAUGCACUAUAUGGGUAAUGAUUCAAAAGCAUCUGUAAUUUGAAAAAUUUAAAUAAGAGAUUUUUUCUUUCUGUCUGUGACUACUUCAUUUUAUUAUGGUUACAGUAAAUCCAAUAGUGUAACAUACAGAUUUGUACGUUAAAGUCUUGCUUAUAUGUGUAAUGUACUGAUUUACUGAAAGUCACACCUUGAUCAUAAUAAAAGUGUCACUGAUCUUACUAAUCCA